AAUAUAGGAAUGGAUGGACGGAUGGAUGGAUGGAUACAUUUACGCCCGUGAAACAGAGAAGUUGAUCGAUUUUGGUCACGUGAAAUCAAAUGUGCAUCAACAAUCGUCACACGCGCGCAACAAUAACAGGAAAUAGAUGUACAGGCUGCUAUAUAGAGGGGGAGAGACACUGACGAAUGAUUUUAGAUUAAUUGAAUUAUUGAUAUGGUAAAGCGAUGAUGCACAGCGCAGAAUGAUUGUGUGUGUGUGGAACUCGUCGGGCCGACUAUUGUGUCGCUUCCGAUGGCGGCGACGUGUGCCAAAUCGAUCCAAGUUCAACACACACAGUGCACAGUGCACAGUGCACACGCGGCUGAUGAAACGAACGUGAAAUAUCAUCUGGGGGAGAUAUAGCGCAAGUCGAUUUGUUGGUACCACCACUAUACUGUUGAACCUUUGGAAGUCUUUCGAUAAUAUUAGAUGGGCGUAGCGCCAAAAAUAGCUUUUGUUCUAUAGAGCGACUCAACGUGUGAAAUGUCAGACCUAAUGUAUUCAUUCGACAUUUGGCCCCCCCACUCCCCUUUGGCUUUUACUUUUGGUAUUCAUUAAAAGUGUUGAUGGAAUGGAGAUCGCUAGUAUACUUCAACAAUUAAGCAGCUGUGCUUAAAAUUUAGGUUGAAACAGGCACAGUAUAAAGUCAUCGUUGAAAAUAAUGACAUUUAAGUUGUCUAUAAUAAAACACAUGGGGGUGGAGAUGUAAAGUCAGCUGGGCCACCUAAUAAUUAGAUCCGUACAGUCUACAUUUCCUUAAUUGACGACUCAGCGACAACUCACGUUGUUUCAUUUUCUCCGUUUCUUGAAAAAUUUAAUUGGUGUGAUUACGUCACUGCCAUAUUACGCAACGAAAGAGUGAUAGUUUAGGAGCGAUAGUCAAACGCACAAAAUCGCAUAUCACAGUGCGACUUUUGACUUGGUUGUAAAUAUAAAGAUUUUAUCUCGAGUAAAUAAAUGUGUGCUAUUUUUUCGCCAAGUCAUCACGUCCACUCCCUGUGUGUUACACACACACUGUUACUAGGAUGCGAGGGGGGGAAACAAUGUCAACCGAAGAUAGAGGAUCAUAAAGCAAAGUUCCUUGUUAUUCGUUCGAAAAUGUUUAUGACAAAUAAUAAGCUGCUUUUCCAGACUGUCGCCAGAGGUCAGGAUUUUUCCAGUCGCUUCGCUAGCCCAUAAGAUAAGAACACACAUGACAUUGCACAUUCCAAAUCCACGGAUUACUGUUGCAAACAUCGGCAGUCUGUCUUUGUCAGUCGCAGCACAUCUCACCAUAAAUAAAGCUAGCGUUUUUUGGCUAGUUAUAAAUUUCCAAGUAAACAGUCAUAGGAAAAGAUGUCAAUAUCCAUAAUACCGCCCGAAGUUGUUAGUAGACUCAAGGAUGCCACGGUUCUCAUUUUAUGGGGCCCAGGUAGUUCCCCAGAAGACGUGCAAAAAUUUUCUCAAGAACUUUCCAGUCAACAGUGUAAUCGUGUUGUUGUGGAACAUUUUGAACGGCUUGUUGUGUCUGGUCACCCGAAAUCUACCUUUAGUGUGGUUCUUUCCAAUUUAUUUGAACCGCACACUACAUCACACUCAUUUGAUCUUCUAUCUGAAGUCAUUAGAAUUAUGAAGCCAAGUGGGAUUGUCUGCGGAAAAGAGCUGACUGACCUUAAAAUUUCAGCAAAUCUCAAACUCGCUGGAUUUUGCAAUAUAACUGUUGAUUCUUCCAACAGAAUCUUCUCUGCACAAACACCAAAUUUUGAAGUGGGAUCUUCAUCCAAACUUUCAUUUGCUAAACCUUCUGUAUGGACACUUUCAGAUGCCCUCGUAGAUGACCAAGUUGAGCUAAUCAAUGAAGAUGAUUUGCUGGAUGAGUCUGAUUUAAUAAAACCUGACGCUGAAUCCCUGAGAGUGUGUGGAACAACUGGGAAGCGCAAGGCUUGCAAGGAUUGCUCAUGUGGACUAGCUGAAGAGCUAGGAGCAGGUCAGACAGUAAAGACAACAACAACUUCUGCAACCUCAUCAUGUGGCAGUUGCUAUCUUGGAGAUGCCUUCCGUUGCGCAAGUUGUCCAUACCUUGGAAUGCCGGCUUUUAAACCAGGAGAAAAAAUCCAACUCUCAGAAAGGCAAUUGAACCCGGAUUUGUAAAGAAAAUGAGUAACUAAUUACAUGGUUGCUCAAGUCAGUAAAUGCACUAAAUAUGUAUCUGUUGGUCCCAAAGUAAUCAAAAAUAAAACCAGCUUUUGUCAUGUUUGACCUAACUAUUUGUAGGCGUCGUAGCCAAAUGAUAUUCGUAGUGUUGUCAUACUCAUACAAUACUUUGAAUCUCGUUGGCAGUAAGUAGAAUGAAUUAAGCUGGAGGCCAAACUGUCCAUUCGGCAGCCUUCAUUCUUUAUAUUUGAUUUCUUUGAAUACUUCUUCAGUGCUAUGAAAUGCAAGUGGUUUUUAAAUAAACACUUUUUCAUCAA